UCAAAAUCCAUAAUUAAGCGGACGCGAAUCGAGUGGGGCAACUUCAAGGUGCGAGCAGCUGAAUUGUUAUAAUUCCCCGAGAAUCUUGAAUCUUCCGACCAGUAUGAGAUAAACUGGAGACUCAAAUUGAUUUGGAACUUGAGAAUUGCAAAAAUGGAUAGCUUGCAGCUGCAGAAGAAGAAGAGGAAGGAGAGACACGUUGGAAACCGCGAAAGAAAGUCCCACUCCCAUUCGAAUGCAGGGAAUACUGUUAUUAGUGUCAGAGAGAGUAAUACACAACUCUUCCCUCUGUUAAUGGCCGCCGCUCUCUCUCGCAGUAAUACUAAUACAGUCGUGAAGAAUUGCUUGAAAAAACUCCUUUCUCAACCAAUCCAACCCGACCAAGCCACUUGUGUUCUCUCCCUUUGCCCUCUCCUCCUCCGCUCCGAAUCUCAUCACAUCGCCACCCUCACCGCCCAGUUUGUUGGGGCGGCUUCUCUCCUGUCGUUUCAGUUGAAUCGCCAGGUCGUUUCUGACUCUCUCACCCUUAAGGCUUUGAUUUCAUUGAUCCCCACUCCUCGAAAGGCCGUCUCCAUGGCUGCCUGCGAUGCCAUUUUGGAUUUAUGCUCUACUUGUCUUGGAAGACAACGAUUGCUCCAUUUCUCUGCUUUGGAAACUCUUAUGUUUGCCUUCCUUAAGGUUCAAAUAUCAUCAAUACAGAUUUCUUUAAGCACUGGAGAUGAUAUAAAUAUUUCUUCUCUCAGGAUAGUCUUUCAGAAAGGUAAACUUCCAGUUUUACUUCUUAAUGCUGCCAUCAUUCUCAUAAACACAUGCAACAUUGAGCAAUUAAGAAAGAUCCCAGGCAACGUAUCUGAAUGUUUUUCUGUCUCUUUGAAAGAAGUAUGGAGAAAAGCUCACAAAAAAAUAUUAACCAGUGAUCUUUUAGGAGCUGGUCAAGGGAUGAACUUAUAUUUCAGCAAUAUUACCAUCAGUGAUCUGGCAGAAAGCAUUUUUAGGCUUUCCAUUAAUGCUGAUCAAUUUGCAGCCCUUAUGUACAGCAAUAAUGUUGAAGGAAGAAUAUUUUGGCUUAGUGAGGGUGAUUUCAAAUAUUUCAUAUUAAGUCAGUGGGAGAUCUUACCUUGUGUUGUAAGAAGACCCUCGAGUGCUUCAUUGGAGGUGGAUGAAAUAUUUACAUCCUUUAUGCAAUCUCUUGGUUUUAAAGAUUCAUUUCCUUCUGCUCUCUUCUAUCCUUCAAGAUCUAACUUCCUGCUUACCUAUUGAUUCGGAUGAGUUGGACAUCUUUAAUUUCCUGAUGGAGGUUACGAAUAAAUUGGGUUGUCCUAUUAUCAAUGAACAAGACAUACGGGUUCUAAGAACAGAUAGCCAGUUAAAACAAGAGGUGCGCUUUUUUAAAGAAAAUUCAGGCUCUUGCCGGGUCAGGACUCCACACGUUUUACGUUUAGAUGAUAUUUUAAAAUGUCAAGAAGCAUAUAAUGAUGGUUAUACAGUGGCUUUGCGUGGAAUGGAAUUCCGUUUUGAAAGGCUUGCCUUUAUUUCUGACAGAUUAGCUUCAAUCUUUGGUCAACCAUCGGCAGGUGCCAAUAUGUACUUAACUCCACCUAAUUCUCAAGGGCUGGCUCGUCAUUAUGAUGAUCACUGUGUAUUUGUCUGCCAAAUUUUUGGAUCUAAGCAGUGGAAAAUAUUUUCUAGGCCAAAUGGGCAAUUACCUCGAUUAUAUGACACUUGUAACAUUCUAAACAAUGAAACCAUUGAUAGUGCAAGAGACUGUUAUCACUUUUUGCUUAAUGAAGGUGAUGUUUUAUAUAUCCCCAGGGGCUUUCCUCAUGAAGCAUGUACACAUUAUGAUAAGCAAGAUGGAUCUGUUGGGUUUUCCUUGCACUUAACUUUUGGAGUUGAGGUUGAACCUCCAUUUGAGUGGGAGGGAUUUAUGCAUGUGGCAUUGUUUUGUUGGAAAUGUUCUCAAUAUCAUCGUCAUCCUUCUUUUAAGUCUUUAUCAGGAAUUCUAAAUGUCAUGUCAAUCAGGCUACUGCAUAUAGUUAUCGGUCUGAUUGGUAACUCUGAUCCUACAUUCCGGAAGGCAUGCUUGGUAGCUGCUGCUGCAUCGCAAUCAGACACGAAUAGCUGGCUUGAUCUAUACCAAAGAACAACUUUCAGCUAUUUGAUCGACAAAAUUAGCAGUGAGUCGAGGUUCUUGGAAGCAUUGAAGAGUGUGGAAGUAGCUAUUGAGAGAAAUGAAGACCCGUUUCAAGGAUAAGAUGGUUGCGACAUCUGAAUCAAGAGGGGGAAAAUGUUGAAGGACAUGAUUGGGAUUGCAAAGUCGAAUCGACAGGUAUAAAAGAUAUGUUCCCGGUAUAUGUUGAACACAAAGAGGGGCGGAAAGUGUGUUCAUGGAUAUGAAAUCGAAGUUCUGUAGUGAGGUAUCAUACGACGAUGUUAGUGCAAAUUAUAUGACAUUGCAUGAAAAGUAUAAGCAGGUCAGAAAGCAGUAUAUGAACGGAAUGUUGUCUCUGCAUUCUGUUUGAUUGCAUCUGCAUAUCAUCUGCUAUUGUUACACAAUUGAAGGCAUUUUUUCAUGCUAUCUUAUAUAAAAAUCUCACAUCAUCAAUAUCUGGUUACCAACCAUCUUUCCC